AUGGCCAUCUCAGUCGAUCCGUCUGUAUCUGAUCCGUUAUCCAUCCCAAAUGGAUCGGAUUUUUCGGAUAUCGUGGCGGAUUCGAAUUUAUUUUUCAAAAAAAAUUCGGAGAUCGGAUUGAAUUCGGAGAACAAGGAAACAAACGCUGGAGAGCGAAACAGGCCGAAACUGCAGCCGGACAAUCUCUCCAGCCGGAGCUGCAACCGGAAAAUCCCCAACAACGGCACCAUUGCUGCCACUACCGGAAAUCCCCAAGGAAUACCACCGACACUGUCGUCGACCACCGCAGUCCUCACUCCGACCACCCACCAAACCCUACGACCUUAUUGCCCACCAUCCAAACCCAUCGAAUCUGGUAAAGCCAGACCGCUUCAUAUAUUUUCAACAUCUACUCAAAACUUAAAACCAAUGGCAUUUUCCAAAAUCGGGAUCAUCGGAGCUGGCAUCAGCGGUUUAGCUGCAGCUAAACAGCUAGCCAGCCACCAGCCGACGGUGUUCGAAGCCACUGAUUCUCUCGGAGGGGUGUGGAAACAUUGUUCUUUCAAGUCUACGAAACUCCAGACUCCUCGUUGCGAUUAUGAGUUCUCGGACUAUCCUUGGCCAACAAGAGAUAAUUCGAGUUUCCCAUCGUAUGUGGAGAUAUUAGAGUACUUGACCUCUUAUGCUACUCACUUUGACUUGUUGAAGUUUGUUAGCUUCAACUCGAAAGUGGUAGAAAUCCGGUUUGUUGGUCAUGACAUCAAUGUUUUAGGUGGUGGUGGAGGAGGAGAAGGUUUGUCGGCAGCCGUUGGUCAGCCUAUUUGGGAGGUUGCUGUCCAGACCGACCAAUCAAACACUGUUCAGUGGCAUGCCUUUGAAUUUCUGGUGAUUUGCACGGGGAAAUAUGGCGAUGUUCCAAAAAUACCAGAUUUUCCACACAACAAAGGCCCUGAAGUUUUUGGGGGAAAGGUUUUGCACACUAUGGAUUACAGCAAACUGGAGAAAGAAGAAGCCACUCAACUACUUCAAGGGAAAAAGGUUGUAGUCAUCGGCUACAAAAAAUCAGCCAUUGAUUUGGCUGUUGAAUGUGCUGAAUCAAAUCAAGGGCCAGAAGGUCAAACAUGCACCAUGGUGGUCCGGACCCUUCAUUGGACAGUACCGCAUUACUGGGUUUGGGGUUUGCCAUUUUACCUGUUCUAUUCAACUAGAUCAUCUCAAUUCCUCCAUCAAAGCCCUAACCAGGGCUUGCUAAGGAACCUCCUUUGCUGUCUAUUAUCUCCUGCGCGGCGAUCUAUAUCGAAGAUAAUAGAGUCCUAUUUGGCUUGGAAGCUUCCGUUAAACAAGUACGGACUGAAGCCGGAUCACCCUUUUGAAGAAGACUAUGCAUCUUGUCAAAUGGCUAUUUUGCCCGAAAAUUUCUUUUCCGAGGCUGAUAAGGGGAAGAUUGCUUUCAAAAACUCAACAUCCAAGUGGUGGUUUUGGGAAGGAGGUGUUGAAUUCGAAGACAAGACUAAGUUGGAGGCUGAUGUUGUGGUUCUGGCCACCGGUUUUGAUGGGAAGAAGAAGCUAAGAGAUAUAAUACCGCAGCCAUUUCGGAGUUUGGUUGAGUUUCCUUCUGGCAUGAUGCCUUUAUACAGGGGGACGAUCAAUCCAAUGAUUCCGAACAUGGCAUUCGUCGGCUACAUUGAGAGUGUCUCAAACCUGCACACGGCAGAGUUGCGUUGCAAAUGGUUGGCUCGACUAAUAGAUAACCAAUUCAAGCUCCCAAGUGUGGAGAAGAUGCUCGAGCAAACCACUAAAGAGAUGGAAAUCAUGAAGAAAACAACAAGAUUCUACAGAAGAAGCUGCAUUUCUACUUUCAGUAUAAACCACAGUGAUGAAAUCUGCCAAGAGAUGGGAUGGUCUUCUUGGAGGAAGAAGAGCUGGUUUUCUGAAGCCUUUAGCCCAUACAUGAGCCAAGAUUAUCAAGAGGAGAUUUAAAGCUAGCUAGCUAGCCAUAUCAUGUGGUUUUACUUCAAAUAAU